AUGUCUCAAUUCGAGACGCCCGCACGAUCCCAGGAAUUCGACGCUACAGCCCCGCAUUUCCUCCCAGAUAAGCUUUGGAUCACCAUUAUCGGUUUUGCUUGCGUGUCGGCAUGGAAACAACUACGACUCUCAUGUCGGGACAUGAAGCGACUCGCAACGCCUUUUCUUUUUCAGACUGUACAUUUUGAGCUUACUGGCGAAGGGUACACGUCGCUUCUCAAGAUUGCUUGUAAUCCUGUAUUGGCGCCGUACGUUCAAACUAUUAUUCUUCGCAGAAGAGUAGCGCUGCGCAAUUUCGACAAGUUCUACGAAUGGGAACGGAGUAUUUGCCUACCCAAAAGCCCUUCUAAUAGGUCUAUGAGAAAGAAGUGUGAUCGUGGUCUACUAUCGCAUAGCGAAUGGAAGUCCUUUCCACAAGGUCGGCGUCGAUUUCUUCACCAGCAAUACAUGAAAGAUUGUAAGGCUAUAGCAGAACAAUUGCAGUCUAUUCCGGAUCGGUCAUUAUUACUCGCGAUGGACGAUGUUCAGCAAAAAUUCAGCAGUCCUCGGGAAGCAACCUUGCUAGCAUUAGCAGGGUCUACGCCUCUGUAUUUGCAUCAGGCAUUUGCAAAAUUCAUUAAUCUCCUAGAUUUCAGACAUGAAGCUGUACAUGCAGACAAAGCUUGGGUCUAUCAAUGGCGACAUCUACGAUUUCGUCCAUUUGCAGAUACGAGAGGCGGGCGCAACGACGACAUGGAAGCCUUUCAACUAUCAAUUGCUCUUCGAGCUCUUGGUUGGGCGAGCCCGUCACUACCGAAACUUGAUAUACUGAAGUUUUACGCGAGUGGUAUCGCUUUCUGGACUCCGGCACGUCUAUAUCACCUCUGGACAGAUGCGAAACAUGAUACAAUAAGGCUCUGCCGAGAAGAAUUCAUGGAUGAAGUUGAAGCAGAUCAAUGGGCACAAUUUGACCUAGAGAGAAGAAAGAUACAACUUUCGCCUUACCUUACGCAACUAUCCAUCAUGGCACUACCAUUUACUACUCUUACGGAACUCGAUUGCUCUGUCUCGGAAGAAUUUAUGAUGAGCGCACAUGCUGCAAGAACGUGCCUUGUCCGCUUCCUGUGCUAUGCGAAGAACCUUCAAAGGGCGAGGAUAAAAUUUGUGAAUGGCGCAGGAGAUGCUACCAAAUUACUUACUUCUCUCACGGAAAUCAGACCAUGGCCAGCCAUUACGCAAAUCACUCUUGAGAUGUGUGUGGAGACAGAAACGUUGCUAAGAUUUUUAUCGACUCACACGAGCACUCUACGCAUUCUGUCUCUUUCGCAAGUAACAACAACGAAAGAUUGGGAGUCGACUCUGCAUGCAAUUCGGCAGUCUAUUCAUCUAGAAAUGCUUACUCUUAGUAAGCUUAAAGACUCUGCUUAUCAGGAGGAAAGAAGGCCAUGGGAGCAACGCAUCUUAUUUGACCCAGAUUCAAUGGUGUGGCGGGGUAGGAAAGAGGACUAUGAUGUAUACUACGGCACAGCUAUUCGACAAAUUCUGGGGGGAAAAGAACUUUGUCGUCUUUAUUAA